GCGGUGGGCGGGCGGCGGCGGGCGGCUCGGCCCCGGGUGCCCCAAGGGCUGCCGCCGAGCCGGAGGCUUCCCCGGGGCUCCUGCCCAGCGCCGAGCGUCCGUCCCCCGGCCCGCCCGGCCGGCACCGGCACCGGCACCGGCAUCGAUACGGGCAUCCAUUCCGGUCGCAACAUCAGCAUCAAACCCGACACCGGCACCGGCAGCAUCAUCAGCAUCAGCACCGGCACCGACACCAGCAUCGGUAUCGACAUCGACGCCGGCACCGGCAGCAGCACCAACACCGGCAUCGACACCGGCACCGGUAUCAGCGUCGGCGACAAGGGUGGCUCUAGCUCCAGCAGCGCCCAGGCAGCCAGGGUCACUCAUCCUGCUCGGCACAGCGCCUGCACCCAAGGACUCAGGGACCUUGGCUUGUCCUCCACCGGAGAGUGAUUCCCAGGGGGACACUGGUCGGAGAAGGAGGGGACCCAGCUGGGACCCCCCAUCUCCCAUCGGGUCCCUCACUGUCUGGAAGACGUCCAGAGGGGAAACUGCCAGGCCAGGGAGCGGAGCGGGACCCUGGGCACGGGGGAGACGCAGCACCAGGCCAGGCUGGAGGGUGCCCGGGUUAGCAUGACCGAGGUGGAACCUGUGCUGGACUUUGCAUCCUCCGGGAGAACGGGCCGGCGCAAUGCCCUGCCCGACAUCCUGGGCUCGCCGGCCGGCGUCAGCCCCUCUGACCUGCCCCUCAAGCUGGCCGAGAUGUCCCUGAACGCGGGCAGCGGCCAGGAGAUGCAGUCGCCCUCGGCGGAGGUGCCCCCUCCGCAGCCCCCCAGCCCUGAGCUGAAGGACACGUCCUAACCCCGCUCCCGGGGGGGACAUUGCUGACCAGCGGAGGAAAGAGGAGGCUGCGGAGCAUCAGCCCGGCUUUCCUGGCAUGGCCGGAGUCCGCUGGGUUUUCCUGGGUGCUACCGCGGCGAGACCGUCGGGUGUCGUCCCCCCCGCCAUGGGGGGAGCAUCGCAUGGCGGGGACCUGCCGUGACAAAGGGGCGAUUCCCACUCACGCCCUGGGCGAGGACCUGGGGGGGGGGGAUUUUUUUGCCUCCCCAGGGGGGAGGAAUAUUUUUCUUCUGGGGCAUUUGGCAGAGCCAAGCGCAGGGGGUUCGCUGGGGCGGGGGGCUUUCUCCUCGUCACAGGAGCAGCCCGCGGGUGUUUCUAGCUGAGUGUGGUGUUCAC